UGGGACCAACAGCUGCUUGCAGAGAACACUGCUCAGUCUCUGAGAUGCUGUAGAUGGCCGGCUGUGGGGGACCCACGGGGCUCAAGACCUUAGAAAGCCUGUUGAGGGACCGUCCGGUAGUCUGAGACCCCCUCUUAGCCGUACUGGGAGGCAGGCGGGGUCCCCGGGGCGGAGUCGGGAGCCCGGAGGGGCGGGCCACCAGGGCUGGGUCCCAGGCUGUGGGAUGAGCUGCAGGGCGAAGCUGCAACUCUGAAGAGACAGACGCGCAGAAGCGCACCGAGGAGAGCAGGACAGAGCGACACACCCCACCAAGCACGUGCACCUUGACCAGAGCUAGCCAGUGUCCCCAGAGCCUGAGCCGCGCCCACCUACUGCGCCACUGCAGGCCUGGGGGUGCGCCCCUGGAGGCACCGAGGCAGAUCCUGGAUGGUAUUAAUUCUUCCCAAGGAUUCCAGCAGGGAACUGCACUCACUGACCCCCGCUGGAGGUGCUGGACUCCACCUGGACACACCUCCCUGAUACCAUCCUUCCUGCAGGCAUCAAUAUGGCGGCCCAGAACAGAAACACCAGCUUUGCAUCUGACUUGAAUCCACCUCAAGACCAUGUUGCCUCGCUCCCCUUCAACUUCAGUUAUGGGGAUUACGACCUCCCCCUGGAUGAGGAUGAGGACCUGACCAAGACACAGACCUUCUUUGCUGCCAAGAUUGUCAUUGGUGUGGCGCUGGCGGGCAUCAUGCUAGUCUGUGGCAUUGGCAACUUUGUCUUUAUUGCUGCCCUCGCCCGCUACAAGAAGCUACGCAACCUUACCAACCUCCUCAUUGCUAACUUGGCCAUCUCCGACUUUCUGGUGGCAAUCGUCUGCUGCCCCUUUGAGAUGGACUAUUAUGUGGUACGUCAGCUUUCCUGGGAGCAUGGGCACGUGCUUUGUGCCUCCGUCAACUACCUUCGUACGGUCUCCCUUUAUGUCUCCACCAACGCUCUGCUGGCCAUCGCUAUUGACAGAUACCUCGCCAUUGUCCACCCCUUGAAACCACGGAUGAAUUAUCAGACCGCCUCCUUCCUGAUCGCUUUGGUCUGGAUGGUCUCCAUCCUCAUCGCCAUCCCAUCUGCCUACUUCACCACCGAAACCAUCCUCGUUAUCGUCAAGAAUCAGGAAAAGAUCUUCUGUGGCCAGAUCUGGCCAGUGGACCAGCAGCUCUACUACAAAUCCUACUUCCUCUUCGUCUUCGGCCUCGAGUUUGUGGGCCCGGUUGUCACCAUGACCCUGUGCUAUGCCAGGAUCUCCCAGGAGCUCUGGUUCAAGGCCGUACCUGGCUUCCAGACGGAGCAGAUCCGCAAGCGGCUGCGCUGCCGCCGCAAGACAGUGCUGCUGCUCAUGGGCAUCCUCACGGCCUACGUGCUGUGCUGGGCGCCUUUCUAUGGCUUUAGCAUCGUGCGAGACUUCUUCCCUAACGUGUUUGUGAAGGAGAAGCACUACCUCACCGCCUUCUAUGUUGUUGAGUGCAUCGCCAUGAGCAACAGCAUGAUCAACACCGUGUGUUUCGUGACGGUCAAGAACAACACCAUGAAGUACUUUAAGAAGAUGCUGCGGCUGCACUGGCGGCCUUCUCGCUACGGCAGCAAGUCCAGUGCUGAUCUGGACCUCAAAACCAGUGGGGUGCCUGCCACAGAGGAGGUGGAUUGUAUCAGGCUGAAGUAGCCUGCUAGUGAUGCCCAAGGGAACACAAAUUCGAUACUCUGUGUAUCACACGCCAUCAACCACUCACAAGCUACAUGGGAAAAGACAGCUGUAGUCAUGCUCUCCUGCCCAAAUGUAUGUGGAUGCUUCUAUGUCCUAAAAUAACAGCACAAUUGCUAUCAGCGUAACACCUUAAGAGGCUAGACACAAAUGGCAGCAAGUGACGUGACUGAAUGCCUUCUGUCUGCAAACCACACCAAGAGAGUCCUCACCAGCAAGAGGCCCACAUCAACUAUACCCCCACCCCUAACCUUGGACAUACCAAUUCCUUGAAUGCUUAUAAAUAAGAUUCUUUUCUUCACAGUUUACACACUUUCAGGUACUCAGUUAUAACUGCAGAAAAUAAACUAAGACAGGAACUACAUUUGCUGAUUACCUGCUAUGUGCAGAAAGUUAUCCCCCUCCAAAAAUCUGGUAGAAUCUAUUUGGCAUUAUCAAGCUCUGUGUAUCUACUUAUCUAUCUAUCUAUCUAUCUAUCUAUCUAUCUAUCUAUCCAUCCAUCUAGGUCACUAGAAAGAGGUCAUAAAUGAUUAGCCAGAGUCAUGCUCCAUAUUCUCCCAUUCUGUAUCUCAUCUGCACAGAACUGCCGAAAGGCAAUAGAAUAAAGCACUUAGAUACAGCAGAAAUGUAAGGAUGACUCCAUCAGUGUCUAGAGUCCACGGUCUCAUAGGAAGAGAGAGUUCAUACAGCAUAUUUACCUUCCCCACCCAGCUCCAGCUAUCUCCUUGGUAUUCUGUACUUACCUACAAUGGUGUUAUUUCAAAAAGGGAAAAUGUCUUUCCCACUGAUGUGUCAAAUCUCAUCAGCCUGUAGGGUGAAGAUGGGAAAUCCCAAGGCAAGAAAUGCAUCCAGUUCCUGAUACUUCAAUGCCAAGUGUUUCAAGGCUCUGAGGUCCUGAGGGAAGAGGACACAGAAAGAGGCAGGGGUUGCCAGCAGCAAUGAAGAUAAUCUGUGUCCAUUGGCUAUAAUUUGGACAAUUUUCUAGGAUGUGUUCUGUCUUAUAAAAGGAUCCCUGCUUGAGAUCCAAAGACCUGUGUGAAUGUCCUAACUCCAGGGCUCAUCUCUGUGUGUCUCCACUUUAAUGAAAUGGGAAUAAUGAAAACAGAUCAGUAGGAAAGCCCAUUGAAGUCAUGGUGUGUAUGGUUUUCAGCUCUACCCUUGUUAAGAAUGUGAUACUGGAGAGCUCAUUAGAGGGACUUUGGAAAUAGCAUCCACUAUGGUUUUUUUAAAUAGAGGAACAGCUCCACAUUUUCAUCCCUGUUCUUUGGACCGGAGACUACUGAACUCAUUUUAAAGUAGCGUAUCUAUAGUGGGGCAUAGAGGUCACCCUGUCCCAGGUUGCAAUCAAGAGGAUGCAGUCAAUACCCAAACUCUCAGCCUCCCUGUGGUCUUAGAAGCAUGAACAGUCUUCCCAGCACAGCAUUGGUGAACCCCAGGACUGAAUUCAUUCAUAUUAUUAUGUCAUCUACUGAACAGUAGGGUUGGUUAGGCUGACCUGCCUGCCUAGGUGUCUCCUUCCUCCUUCAUAGCCCCAUAUGCAUCCCUCCCUUAACUGCACACUCAGUUACCAAGAAGACCUUCCUCAACACAGGAGGACUGCUAUUCUGUCAAGGACAUAGUCAUGCCACACUUCCAUGAUAAACCCCCAAUCUCUCCAGUAGACCCUGUAUCCUUUGAGUGUGUCAACAGACUUCACCUCCUUCUUACAUUCAAACAUACUGUCCUCCUGUCAUUUAUAUUUACUUAAAAAAUACUUCUGUAAAUAUCAAUGUGCAUAUGUGAUAUUCCAGUGAAUAAAGUGUAUGUGGUUAUCAUAUGGGAUAGUUAAUAUACAGAAUUAUAAUCACAGUGUUCAAAGGGUUCCUUGUUAAUGUUUUAUGCUGUGUUUAUAUGUUUCAAUGUAAAUGAAAUAAUAGCUGUCUAAGCAACUCAAGCCUGAAAUGAAAGAGAAUUUCCAAAGGCCUUCUUUAGAACUUGGCCAUCUCAUACUAGCAACUGGCCUCACAUCUGUGUUCUCUCAGGAGUGUAUUCUUGAGUGUAAAUUAGCAGGGAACCAUACCCUACAUGCCCCCUUGUUUAUUAAUGAUUUUUAAAGUGCAGGUUUCUUUUGCACAGAGAAUAUUUAUGCCUCCAGUUAGAACUAAGGUACUAAGUUAAUUGCAUUUGUGUUCACUCUUCUCAACACUAACUAAAGGCAAACUUAAGAUACUUUUUAACAUGUUAAGGUAAGUACACACUUAUACCUACUAUUUCACAUUGAAAAGUUAAUCACAUUUAGUAAAGCAGAUCCAUUUUCUUGGCCACAAUAAGAGAAAAAAUGGUUAUACAAUGAAACUGUUACAGGUUUUUGUUAAGCAUCCAACAUUUAAAAUAAGUACUUCUAAAAUUGGAGAACUCAAAAAAUGCUUCAGGCCCUCAGGCAUGACAAACAGUUUCAGACUUCACAAGGAAGAAUGUGACAUGUGGGAGGUAAUUAGAAAUCUUGACACAAGUUCUGUUUCUGCUCGAAAUGGUGGCUCCAGAACAUAUCCUCUGCAUCCAGCCAUGUACUCCCUUGUCCUCAAGAACUAACACUCUCUCUCUCUCUCUCUCUCUCUCUCUCUCUCUCUCUCUCUCUC